AUGCCAACACACCUCAGCCCAGAGUCGAUAGAGACUCUGGAUCUAGAUGAACAGCAUGUCCUUCGGGCAUUGAACCGGUCGCCUCACCCCUACCAUCACCAGAGUUCCGAGCUGCCCUACCCCUCUGACCAACUGGUCUCUCGAGGCCAACGGGCUGCAUCUCCGAAGCUAUCUAGUCUACCAACCUUCUCCAAGGAAUCGACACCAGCGAGCGAUAGUGGCACCGAUGCCGACGAUGAACACUUCCUCAAGGGCUUGCCGCCCCCGAAGCUACGACCCCACAAAGGACUGAGAGGCCGGAACGAGGUCAUAUCCGGCACCUCGACGCCGCUCUUGUCGCCUGCAGUCCUGCAGGAACCAGUGCCUCCAACGAGUCGUCGAGCACCGCAUAAUGGAAACAAGUCUGGGGAUAGGAUUAUCCUACCAGAUGUUAUCCGCCGGAAGAAGAUUCUCGUGCAGCGAGCCAUUGAAGCUGGCAUCAUCACCACACUGGCCGGGAUGAUCCAAGCAAACAGGUUGCUGGCACCGGUAUUAAGUACUUGGCGCAAAGUUGUAGAUUUCUAUCUCUUUACUGCUUUGUAUGGAGGACUGUUACUGCUAUAUCCGUUUCGGGUUGUGGCAUGGAGCUACAAGAAUGGCCAAGCAUUUUCAGGCUUCCCGUUGAAGAUCCCAACAGUCUUCGACCCUGCUCCUCUUCUCUAUCCUCCAGCGAUCACGAUAUUUGUGUCACUGCUGGUUUCUGUCAACAACCCGGCCGUUAUCCUCCCCAAUAUUAUACUUGGCAUAAGCUCGAUCCCACAGCAAGUAGUGCCGAAAAUUGAUCACUACGCGGCAUACGACUCUCUCCACUGGGCUCUAUCUUGUCUGCCUCUUAUUUGGCGGCCUUCUCUGUCAGAUCACUCUCGACUUACACCUACUUAUUCUUUCCUCUCGCAAGAAGACCUUGUCCUGCUAUACCCUCUGCAUAGAACUGCGUCUGCCGUAUUACAUCAUCUUACCACGACUAGUCUCCUUACAGCCGAGCUUCAGCUUCUAUCAAUUGCACUGAUCAACGUGUUGCUUUUAGCGUCGUCACCCCAGAUUCAGAUACUAAAGGCUCUGUUAUGGGGCGGUGGACUGGGCGUACUUGUGCUCUGCGGUGCCGUGAUUAGAUGGGGAAUUGUACUGGCAAGAGUUCCCAAAUGGCGGUUUCGAAGAGAGCCAUAUCCGCCACGCCGCCCUCUUUGGAAGUCCUUGAUUCGAAUGUUAUCUUGGCAGAAGCUUAGGAGCGAAAUUCUAGGAUCAUCUUUCGAUUUACAUAGCGACGAUGCGUUGUUCUCAACCGAUGAGGAGGAAGACGAUUUGCGAUUCAGUAGCCCUACUAGAGUUCAAUCUUUCGGCACAGCAGCAGACACGCCAUCUGACGUAUAUAAUCUCUCUUCGCCCACUGCCGAGAAUGGAUGGAAAACGGGUGGUAUUUCUCGAAGACAUACAACUCCGCACCCUGAGAAGGUUUCUCGCAAAGCAGCAACGCACACUCCAUCUGGAAGGAGAAAACGGACUGCAUCUGUUUCCGUUCGUGCGUAUUUCAAAUUUACACCGGCACAAGCAGCACUGAGGAAAUGGAUGUACGCAGGCUAUGUAUACGUCUGCUUGGGAGUAAUCAUAGUGGCCCUUAUCCGCCCAUAUAUAGGGAAAUACGCCCUUGGUGGCAAUGAGCCCAUCGGUUGGGCUCUCGGCUACUUCUUUGGUGACUUGCCAGAAUUCAGGUAUCGAGUUGUCAGAGCCGAUCUCGAACGCUGGAUUUGUCUCCCUCCACGGAUUGACACCUCGGAUGCGAAGCAGUGCCACCUUGGCUGGGUGCAGCAUGUUCGCCAUGACGAUUUUGGCGAGGCCAGCACGCGACUUUUCAUCAGCGGCUACUGGGUCGUGAUUUUAAUUAUUGGACUCGCCAUUGUGUUUCAAUUGAAAAACACAUAUGAGGUUGACACCCGACGGAAGGUAUUCCACUUUAUGAUGGUCGGUAUGCUUCUCCCAGCAACCUACAUUGAUCCGACAUUUGUUGCCUUGGCCCUUUCCAUUGUCUUAGCCAUCUUCUUGAUUCUGGAUCUGCUGCGGGCGAGCCAGCUGCCGCCUCUUUCCAAGCCGAUAGCCUCCUUCUUGGCUCCUUAUGUGGACGGAAGGGACUUUCGCGGACCUGUUGUGAUUUCUCACAUCUUUCUACUUAUUGGGUGUGCCAUUCCUCUCUGGUUAUCGCUCGGAUCUCUGCCGCGGACCGGAUCUGACUACCUGACCGGCUGGGAAAUACCCACUAGAGAGAUCAGCAUGGUUUCAGGAGUCGUCUGUGUCGGUCUGGGUGAUGCCGCUGCCUCCCUCAUCGGGCGCCGUUAUGGUCACCGUAAAUGGCUCUGGGGUGGUGGCAAAAGCCUCGAGGGGAGCUUGGCAUUUACCGUUGCCGUCUUCCUUGGUCUAACAACGGCGAGUCUUUGGCUUCGAAUAGGGGAGUGGCCCGUCGACGGCGAAGGUACGAGCAUGACAACUAGAGCUGGGCAUGCUUUUGUGUGUUCCUCCAUGGCUAGCUUGACAGAGGCUGUCUUGACAGGAGGCAACGACAACGUCAUUGUGCCGGUGAUUCUCUGGACAUGCGUUAAGGCGCUUGAAGUUUAA